AUGGAUACUAAUAUCGCUUCGGAGAUCCCUCUCGCGUGUAGUCCUGGCGAAGGGGAGCGUUGCGAACACGCCAAGUUCUCGGGGGAUGGGCUGCAGACAGAUGCCCAUGUCACUGAGUAUGGACGGCUAGACAUCGACAUCCGCGAGGAUAUCCCCGGGACGUCGGAGCUCGUUGAGGCGUUGGAAAACCAACCAGCCUUGGAAGUGAGCCCGCCGUCCGACGAGAAAGCCCCUAUCCACUUCCCCCUUCGCAUGAACAUAGUGAUUCACGUCGUCGGAUCCCGAGGCGACGUUCAGCCGUUCAUUGCAAUCGGCCAGGCGCUGCAGAGACACGGCCAUCGCGUGCGACUCGCGACCCAUCUGGUGUUCCGCGACUUUGUGCGGCAGCAUGGCCUGGAGUUCUUCAACAUCGGCGGCGAUCCCGCCCAGCUCAUGUCGUUUAUGGUGCAGAACCCGAAGCUGAUCCCCAAGAUGGACACGCUGCUGCACGGCGCAAUCGGCCGCCGGCGGAAGGAGAUCCGCACAAUGAUCGGCGGGUGUUGGCGGGCCUGCCUCGAGGCCGGAGAAGGCAUCGACUUGACCAGUGAUGCCCCGUUGAAGGCGGACCCCUUCGUGGCGGAUGCCAUUAUUGCGAAUCCGCCCAGCUUUGCUCAUAUCCACUGCGCAGAGAAGAUGGGGAUUCCCCUGCACAUGAUGUUUACUAUGCCAUGGUCCCCGACGCAGGCCUUCCCUCACCCCUUGGCCAAUAUCCGCGCGUCAAACGUUAAGCCGUCGGCCGCCAAAUUCGCCUCGUAUGCCAUUACCGAAGCCUUGAUCUGGCAGGGCUUGGGCGAUCUGCAGAAUGAUUUCCGCCGGUUCGAACUGGGGCUAGAGACCCUAGAUGCGAUGCGCGCUCCUAGCAUCAUGCACCGACUGCAGAUCCCGUUCUCUUACUACUGGUCACCCUCGCUGCUCCCAAAACCCGACGACUGGAAGUCACACAUUGACGUGUGCGGCUUCAGCUUCCUCCCGCCCGAUAACAAAUACAAACCCUCAGCAGAUCUGGUUCGAUUCCUCGAAGUCGGGCCCCCGCCGAUUUACAUCGGAUUCGGCUCAAUCGUAGUAGACGACCCGAACGCAUUGACCAAGACGGUGCUGGACGCCGUCCGACUCACGGGCCAACGCGCGCUCAUCUCAAAAGGCUGGGGCGGCCUCGGCGCGGACAACCUCGACGCCCCCGACGUCUUUUUCCUAGGAAACUGUCCCCACGACUGGCUGUUCUCGCGCGUAUCCUGCGUCGUCCAUCACGGCGGCGCCGGCACCACAGCGACUGGAUUGGCUCUGGGCCGACCAACCACCAUCGUCCCCUUUUUCGGCGACCAGCCGUUCUGGGGCCAGCUGGUCGCGCUGAACAAGGCCGGCCCGUCCCCGAUUCCAUACACGAAGCUCACGGCCGAGCGACUCGCCGAGGCGAUCCGGUUCUGUCUCGAGCCCGCUACGAUCGCGCAGGCAGAGGCGUUGAGCGCCAAGAUCCGCGCGGAAGACGGCGCCCAGGCCGGCGUCGAGAGCUUUCAUCGCCACUUGAAGCUGCGCAAGCUGCAGUGCUCGCUGUGCCCGGACCGGCCCGCGGCAUGGCGCGUCCGCCGGACGAAGGUGCUAUUGAGUCCGUUCGCGGCCACGGUCCUCGUCCAGGAGAACCGGCUGCAGCCGGAGGAUAUCAAGCUAUACCACCCGUAUCACUACGACGUGAAUCACGAUCUCCGCAACCCCGGUUGUCAGGGUGCGGAGGGCAUCGCCGGCCCCCUCACCAGCUUCCUAUCGUCUAUCGUCGAGGUACCGGUGAACAUGGUGCAGAACUUCGCCCAGCCGCCCUCCGCGCGGUUUGCCGAGGACUUCGGCCUGCCGUCGUGCGAUGCGCGCGCCUCCAUGAUCACCAACUCCACCGACGCUACUAGCACCACUGCGGUGGAGGAGCCCGCCAACGGCUCUACGACGACGUCCAUCAGCGACCAGUCCACCAUUGCUGCCAGCACGACCAGCUCCGAUAGCCAGGAUGUGCCGACGAUGAAGAAUAAACAUGGCUUUGGCAGUACGGUUCUCGCGAAUACCAGCUAUACCGGCCGGCGGUUCGUGAAUUGGAUUGUGCAGGUGCCCAUGGGCGUGACGUUGGGGCUGUCGCAGGGGUUCCACGAGGCUCCGCGCUGGUAUGGGGACCGGAUGGUGCGGGAGUUUCCCAAGGUCAAGGGGCUGCGAUCGGGGUUCGUGGCAGCAGGGAAGGAAUUUGGGUAUUCCCUGUACGAUGGGGUUACUGGGAUCGUGACGCAGCCGCGCAGAGGCAUGGAUGAUGCUGGCGUCCCUGGUCUUGCGAAAGGCAUUGGUAAAGGGGUUGGCGGGCUGCUCUUGAAGCCCCAAGCUGGACUCUGGGGCUUAUUUGGGUAUCCACUGAACGGGAUAUACCGUGGCAUUGAACGGUCGUAUGGGGAAGAUCGUCAAGGCUCAUUAUGGGCGGUUGCAUCUUCAAUGGCCCCUUACAAUACAAUCUUCGAGGCAACGGCCGGUUCCGUAUAUCCCCAUCAUUGA